AUGGACGCUUCCUCCUUUGUGCUGCUGCACCCAGCGUACACUGCGCUCGACUUUCUACCAGCCCAAGCAAUCGCCCUGCGCACUCUCUCCUCUCUCGUCGCCGCCUAUCCGCCAGCGUUUGAAGACUUGGAGACGGCGCGGCUCUUUCCACAUCUUUGCCGACAGCUCGUGCGCUUGAACGACGCUUCCACGUACGUCACCGCGACGGUCGACUUGUUUCUCGUCGUCAUCACACCACAGCCAUUGGUGCUGUGCGACUUGCACGAGCUACUUCCAUGGGCCAUGACGCAGCUCCAAAAGAAGCGGCAUCAACUCGCAGCUCUCCGGCUCUUGCGCGCGUGCCUUUGCCAUGCAGUGCCUCCACCGCACCUCUCGGUUGCUGGGGCGACACAGACAGCGUUGCGGUCCUCUGGCACACUCAUCGACAUCGCGUGGCUAGCCGUGUGUCAUACGAACGCUGCUGUCGCCACGGCUGCCGUGCAGCUCUGGACGGCCAUGCGGCAGGUAUCCGACGAAGGCUUUGUCGUCGAUGCAAUCGAGCAAGGGUGCGUGACCAUUCUUUUCACGCAUCAUCCGCAGUUCGCGCGAACGCUCCUUCCUACUAUCAGCGACGCUGUGGUGUCGCACUUGAUCAAGACCCUCGUUGUCACAACCAAUGCCUUGCUGCAGCGAAACAUCCUCGUCGCCCUACUUGCGCUGUUGGCCCACGAUCCGCGGAAGCGGUGUACCUUGCUCGACGACGGCUUUUCGUUGGUGCUUCAGACCACACUCCGCACGUCAAUUAAAAACAGUCCGCAGCUGCUGAACGACAUGCUGGCGGCGAUGCGUCAUCUUUGUGAGACCCGGUCGUCGCUGGUCGUGGCCGAGUGUCGGUUGCGGCUGACGCAAGAGAGUACGUCGCCGGUCGCUCUGGCAAUCCACGACUUUACGCUGCGGAAGGCCUUGCCCAAGGUGCGUGAUUUGUCAGUAGCGCAAGCGGUCGAGCUAAUUCAAGUCGCGCACGUCCUCGACCUCGAGCCAUUGACAUCGUGCGUCAUGGGAGCGUUCGGUCCUCGCGUCUCCUCCGAGUUGCUACCGAUGGCUCUGAGUCUGGGCGCACCGGCCGUCGCCGUCGCGUGCAUCGAUCGGCUCGUUGAAAUCGCCAACAACUCUCCAACCCAAUGGGACGUGGCGGCCGACAGCGUCGCGCUCAUUUUACAAUCGAUUCUGCUCGACUCGCAGCAGCAGUGA